AUGUUUUCUCUGGAUGCAUUGCUGGAAAGAGGAGUGUGGCUUCUGGAAACGCCUUGCAGCAGGAUUGACACUGUUGGGUUUGCUUUGAAAGGUCGUGAGUCCAACUUUCAAGACUUGAGCAAGUUUGAUUUCUGCAAAAACGUGACAAGCAAGACGGAGAAGGAGCCGCACAAGUUCCGUGUGAUUCGAGACGACCUGCUGCACCCGACGCUCGGUGGAAACAAAAUCAGAAAGCUCGACGCUGUGGUCCCGUUCCUCAAGGACGAGGAAAUCACUGACGUGCGAUUUCAAUGUCUAUCAGGUGACUUGUGGAGGCUGUCAAAGUGCUCAUGCUGCUGCUGUAGCUCAGCUGUGGCGUGUGCUGACCAUGGGAUGUCGGCUCAUUUGCUGCUACGAGGUGAAAAACUUGAAGUCACGACUGGAUAUAACUUGAUAUCGGAGGUUUAUGGAAACGUGGUGUAUGUUCCAAGAACCGAGUAUGCCGAUCGACAAAAAAUGUUAAGCUCGCAUAUGGAACGUGUUGCUUGUCCUGAAGAACCAGUUCUUUGGUUGAAUGGCAACUCUAUCACCAGAGAAACAAUCACUCCUUCAGAAAGUUCUAGAUUGCUUGAACCCGGAAGAGGAAGAAGAAAAUGGGCCGUGCUUGGAGAAGGUGGUGCGAGUGGUCUAGCACUCCUCGGCUUUAUAAGACUUGUGAGAUGGCUAAGCGAAAACGAAGUCUUCGAACGAGAGGACAAGAUCAAAAUCGUGGUCGAUUCUGGCACUGGAACAUCCGCCAUUGGCUUGGCUCUAGGAAUCGCGUUGCUCGGCCUUCACCAGUGGGAGAUUGUUGGUGUAAUGCUCUCCGGUUCUCGCGACUACUACGAGAGACAAACGAAGAACCUUGUCACUGGUUUUCUUCAGCAGUUUCGCUGCGAUCAGUCGGCAGAGGCUUUGAGCCUACCUCUUGUUUGGGAGGAGAGGAAACGAGUACGCAGGUUUGGAAAGAUUUUUGAAGGGGAGAUCGGUGCUUGCAAGAGUAUAGCCCGACAAACUGGCAUUUUGCUAGACCCGAUUUACACACUCGCCGCGUGGGAAGUCGCGAUAGAGUUGUCUUGGAACGAAACAGGAGACAAAGUCGCUAUUCUUCACACUGGUGGGGCACUGGGCCUCUUUGGCCUGGCACAGACAAAUCCGCAGGAAUUCUCUCAAACUCGUGAAUACGCUCCUCCGAGGUACGCAGAAAUGAUUCUUUUUCUUUGUUUUUUAAGGAUUCUGUGUCUAGUGGUCCUGUCUUUCAGCAGUUUUCUCUCGCGAGGCACACUAAAUCUGGCCGAAGUUGACAAUUCGAAGGAUCUCCGGAUCAUAGAAGGUGGGUGUGGGAAAGUGGCAAGAAACUAAUGGGAAAAAGUUGCGGCUGUG